AUGGAAUAUUCUAGUAGCUGUGAUAUAGACGUGAAGUUAAAAAUUCUACUGGAUGGUGUAGAGGGAGAAGGAAUUUGGUGCUGGGAUAAGUCGAAGAGAAGUUGGUCUGCUUCAGCCCAGGUUCCAUCACUUAACACACCUGCUGGUAGCGUUUCACUUGGUUCUAAUAUCACAGUCACUGAUGCAGCUAAAGCACCUACACCUGCAUCUAGUGCUCCAGCUUCAUAUGGUGGCCCUUCUUCCAGUCCUCCACCAGCUUCAUUCGCGGCUCCUUCUUCCACAGUUUCAUCCGCGACUCCUUCACCCAGUCCUUCUCCAGUUUCAUCCGCGACUCCAUCACCAAGUCCUUCUCCAGACUUAUCCGAGGCACCUUCACCCAAUCCUCCUCUAGCUUCAUCUGCGGCUCCACCCAGUCCUCCUCCAGCUUCACCCGCGGCUCCACCUUCUAGUGCCCCUACUACCGCCCCUCCCGCCAAACCAAAUCCUGUAUCACAACCUCAACCAACUUCUCAAUCUCCGGGACAAUCGUCCUCACUUAAUGUUGGGAUUUAUAUUGGUAUUGCUAUAGGUGGCAUUGUAAUUGGCUUAAUCUUUGCUUUUAUUGGAUAUCGUGCAUAUAAAAAACAUCAAGAUUCAAAAUAUAUUCCAACGCCUAGCAGCGCUGAUCACAAUAUGCUACAUUAA